AUGGAAACUGAGCUGAUAUUGAAGAAAUUACUGGGUUUGAUUCCUUAUGAGGAAGAGAAACCAGAGAAGUUUGAGACAAAAGAUAUUCCGGACAAUGUUGAUGUCAGUGAUUUUACACCUGAUGAGAUUGUUAUGGGAGACCAAUUGGUUGAUGAUGUGCAAAUGUCUAAACAACAGGGACAGGAAGAGAAGAAAGAUGGAGAAGACAAGAGAUCUGAAGAGACACUGGUACAUACACAGACUAUUCUGCCAUCAGUAAAUGAUAGUGAAAAUAAUAAGGAAGAAGAAAAGAUAGAAGAAAUGAUAGAGGACAUACCUAAAGAGAAGAAAGAGGAAGAAGAGAAGGAAACAAAGAAAUUUGAAACUAAAGUGACACCUCUAUCCUUUACUUCUAAGAAGAAAAUAGAUGAUGAUGAGGACGAUGAUGAAUUAAGCAUACAAGGACCCAUUAAUAUGGAUAUGUUGAGUUAUAUAGAAUUAAUGGAGUUUGUCACUGCAAUGCAAUCUAGAGAAAAGAAGAAGAGAAUGAAGGAACACCAUAAAGAAGCUAAGAUAGUCAAACAUGCAAUUGAAAUUUUGUCAAGCUUAUUAUCGGAGAUUGAUAUAGACAAUUUUGCUACACCGAUUGAUAAGCUAGGUCAAUUGGUUAAUGAUGCUAGUGAAUAG